AUGACUACUCAACGAAUAACUACAACUCACAAAGUGAUAGCAAUAUCAACGACAACUAGUACUGAGGAAACAACGACCACAACACCGGAAAUAAUUAUCUUAACUCCGGAAACAACAACCAAAACACCGGAAACUACUACCACAACAACAGAAACAACUACCACCACACCGGAAACAACUACCACAACAACGGAAAUAACUUCUACAACACCGGAAACUACUACCACAACACCGGAAAUAACUACUUCAACUCCGGAAACAACAACCAAAACGCCGGAAACUACUACAACACCGGAAACAACUACCACAACACCGGAAAUAACUACUUCAACUCCGGAAACAACAACCACAACACCGGAAACUACUACCACAACAACAGAAACAACUACCACAACACCGGAAACAACUACCACAACAACGGAAAUAACUUCUACAACACCGGAAACAACUACCACAACACUGGAAACUACUACCACAACACCGGAAACUACUACCACAACAAUAGAAACAACUACCACAACACCGGGAACAACUACCACAACACCGGAGACAACUACUUCAACUCUGGAAACAACUACCACAACACCGGAAACUACUACCAAAACACCGGAAACAGCUACAACAACACCAGAAACAACAACCACAGCACCAGAAACAACUACCAAAACUCCGGGAACAACUACCACAACACCGGAGACAACUACUUCAACUCUGGAAAUAACUACCACAGCUCCAGAAACAAUUACCAAAACUCCGGAAACAACUACAACAUCACCGAAAACAACUAAAGCAACAGCGGAAACAACUAAUACAACUCAGGAAACAACUGCCACAACAACGGAAACAUCAACAUAUAGUUCAACUGUUUGCCUUUGUCCCUGGAGCAGUACUGCGAGAAACCUAGCAGUUGACCUAGAUACGAAGCUUCAAACUAUCAGGAAUACGCUACUCGUUGAUGUGAAGGAAACUUCAGCUCACAUGCGGACAUUGACGAGCGCUCCUGACCCCCGCCCGUCCGCCAAAGCAGUAGGACUAGUCGCAGUUGCUAUGAUGGUGGUUCCCUUCGGACUGAUCUUAAUACCGGACAUCGUGAGGACUAUCAGAGGAACGGCUAACUUAAUAAAACGAUUAUCACAGUAG